CCAACCUUGCGACUUCAUAGCCACAACUGCCAGCAAGAUCCAAUCGCCCUCCCAGCAAUUCUCGCCUUUCUCGACCUUGUCUGCUCAUCCAAGGGAACUUCCAGAAAGUGGUCACAUGCCACACAGUUUCGUUGGCACUGCCCACUGACACAUCGGACCCACGUCAUCUUCGCCUUCAUCGACCUCAAUAUGAGAUCCAGGGUGUACAGCAUCGAGGAGUUGCUCAAUUUCAGAGCUUCUGCCUCGGCAGAGAUGCUUCCAGGCAUUCCCCAGGGCAAUGAACUUGCUGAGAUGGUUUGCAACAAGUCGCGUGUCAACUCCGUCAGCUCUCGCAGCUACAACUCGAACUCGCUGAAGCGUGAGAAGAAGAAGACAAUGGAUGACUCCUCCACUGCCUCUGAGGAAGUCGUGUUCAAGGGGAACAUGAGCCGUCGCGCCAUCAAACAGGACCCUCUGCCCGUCAACACCGCUGACAACACCCAGGAGCGCCCUUGUCAUCCCGCUGCUGGGCUCUCCGACCAGGCUAUUGCCACCGCCGCAGUUCACGCAGCCGACCCCGCGCUGCCCAUGGAGUGGAAGUAUCGCGGUCGCAGCGGCUCUGAGAUCUUGGUCAGUGAGCCUCUGCCAGCUCCCACGGGUCUGACUGCCCAGCAUAGCGAGGGCUUCCAGCGGUUUUACAAGGCAGUUGUGUCUCCCACUCACGUUCGUGUCACUGCUGGAGGACGUAUCGUCCCCAACACACGCAAUCCUGCCUCUCCAACUGCAAAGCGUCCCAAAGACACAGAAGCCGUCACAGCCGAAGAGAAGGCAGAGUCUGGCCCGGGCCCCGCGCCAGCGACUGCGCCGAAGCAGCCCGCAGCAGUCAUGGGAAUGCCUCAGCCCAUGCCAUUCUUCUAUCCAGGUUAUCCCGGAAUGCCACCUAUGCAUCCAAUGACUGGCAUGCCAAUGCCUAUGAUGCCCCCAGGUUUCCCUUUCCCAAUGCCAGUGCCCGUUGCACCCACCAAUACUGCACACAGCGCUGACGAGGCUACCCGGAAGGAGAACCAGAGCAGGAAGACCGAGGAUCACACUUCUGAGCUCCAACCUGGCAAGCCCGGUAUCAAUCUCUCGCCUCCGGAGCAGUUCGACCACACCAAGCCUUUCAUGUACAAUGGCCAGCAGUGGAUGUUCCCAAUGUUCCCUUCUCACUACCCUGGCUUUCUUGGAAUGCCGCCCCCAGGCUAUGCUGGUCACAUGCCCCCACCACCCAUGAUGAUGCCACCUCAGAUGCCUAUGCCCCCGAUGAUGAGUCCUAUGGGGCCGGUGCCACAGGUUGGGUCAAUGGGUCCUGUGGGACAUCAGCAACCCGCAGGUGCUUCCUCUAUGGCCACUGCAGCGCCGUCAUCCUCUCGUCAAUCGACUCCUCAGCCUCCCUCAAAGCCGCCAAUCUCUUCCAUCCGACCGAGCCAGAUCACCAGGAAGCAGAUCGACGGCCUCCGGGCCAACCUCAAGUACCACGAAGAUCAGCUGCAGUACAACAAGCACCAGAUCGACGAAAAGGAUAUGGAGCGCAAGAUCGAGAUGCUCAACCACGAUAUCGAGCGAUUCGAGAGGGUCUUCCAGGCCCAGACGGGAUUUGAAGAAAAGCACUAUCCUAAGAAUGACAAAGACAAGGACGAGGCGGCCUCGUCAAGCGGCCGCAGCUCGGUCCCUUCGUCCAAGACACAGUCUCAAUCAGAGGAGAGUAAGGAAAGCAAGGCAACUACAAUGUCAAGCAAUUCUCACUCUCAGCAAAAGCUGAGGAAGAAGGAUCGCUCCCGUGAUUCGGUCGGCAUAAACUCAAACAAGAGCAGCAACGCCUCGUACAGCCUAGAUGACUCGGCCCAGGAUCGCUUCCUCGUCUCCAUGCAAUCUGGCAAGAAGUCUAGCCUCCCAAGCGGGGCUGCUCGUGCCCCGGUGUUCCAGCCGCGCUCAGUCUCGACACUGUCCUGCCCUGUGCCCAGCGGCAACGAACAGGCCUGGGAAGGAGCCAAACCUGAGAGCGGCAUAACGCAGGCGCAGCUUGAGGCAGCCGAGAAGAAACUCGUCGCUGCAGGCUCCAAGGCUUGGGGUGUGCCGCACGAGGUCAAUGGGACGUCCAGCCAGCCUCCCCGUGGUGAAUCUGCGCGCGGCCACGGCGCCCUCGGUGUUCCCUACUUGGUUGGGACACUUCCACGAGGUGUCAACCCCUACGCCGGCCAUCGCUUUGAGUACGAGUACAGCCGCAAAUUGACGGACGAGGAGCUGCAAGCUCGCCACCUAUACUUCGGAAAAGCCCCUCGAGCUGUUGGUCAAGGACUGCCCAAGUACGAUGGCAGGAACUUCUACCCACCCUCUCCAGCCAAGCAAGUCACCCCAAACGAAUCGCCCAGUGUCGGCCGCGGCCGCGCCGCAGUCGGUGAGCAUGGACGCGAUUACCGCUUCGCCGCACCAGACGGCAGAGAGGUUGACCCAUUCCGUGCAGUGGUUCCCGACAAUACCUUCCGGAACGGCGAAAGGGCUGUUGCCAGCAGCAGAGCUUCCUCAGUGAAGUCUGCCCAGUCAUUCAGCAGCCAGGUUGGUGACCAGGCUGAGGAGUUCAAGAAGGCCUUGGAGGAGUCCGAGAAACUGCAAGACACGGAUGUCUCCCGCGAGUCCAUUUCCGAGGCCAGUGUGAACGAGACAAAGUCUCUCGAUUUCCACGACUCCCGAGCCAAUGGCACCAGCUCGAAGCUCUGGCAGAGCAUGGUGAAGAGAGGAUUCACCGCCAGCGAUGUUCUUCCCAGUACCGUGACUUCAACCACGGCUCAGGGCUAUCUGCCGCAUUUUGCUGGCAAUGCUUCUGCCUCGCUCAGUCCAACUCUCUCGGGCACGGUCACCUCUCCCAUUCGCGAUGGGUCUGUCAAGGAUGCUGACACCAACCCCAACGGCUCGACAUUCAUGGCACCCAAGAGCGGCGAGAAUGCCCCUCCGGUUCCUGCUGAUCGCAUUUCCAUCUCGGACACCAUCCGCAGCAUGGUCGGCAUGAAGUCCCCGGCCUGGGCUCAUUGAACCAGCCCACCGAAGCCCGAACGGCAGCCUUUCCGAUGACUGGAAAACACAUAAUAAGAGUUGCCGGAACCAUUCUCGGACGGCCACCAGCAUCAUCAUCCGCUGCGAUACAACUCUGCUGAUUGUUCGCAUGUUCGGCGGCAACUGCCUGUACAAGGCGAAAUCACGCAUUAUCUUUAUCAUGUCUUGCAACACCCGAGUAGCUGUUUGACGUCGCUAUCGCGCAGCAAAGCUGUCAGGGGAUCCCCAUAUGUUACCAAGGAAUUAUUUCCUUCGCAUGAUUGUAUUUCAUUCUGUCCAGGGUAUCUGUUCGUGUGCUUUUGUUCUGUGGAAGGGGGAAGGGAGCAUCUCGCUUAGACUUCAACAUCGAGGCAAGUUCUCUAGGGCUGCCGACUGGCAUGCAUUAGGCUGGGCAUUGAAGUGUUGCAACUGCUGGCCAACGUCAC